AUCUCUAACUAUAAUAAUUUUAAAUUUACUGGCUACAUACAUUUUAAUAUAUUAUUUAAUACAUCAAUCAUAUUUACCAUUCAAAAAUUAUGAGUUUUUUUAUAAAAUUCAAACUUGCGGUAUAUGUUUCAAACUUUAAUAUUAAUAGAGCUUUUAACCGGAAAUUGUUUUGUAUUGCUGCAGGGAACGUCGGAAAUAGUCAACAAACGUCAGAAAUCUGUUUGGGAACUUUGAAAUUACGGGGAUGAGUGAACCAUGUUUUUAAAAUUCACAAUAAAAUUCUUAACAUGCACACAAGUUUUAAUGAACAUUAACGCAUAACUUCACAAAUGAAUUAACCGAUAAAAAUGGAAGAGUUCAAUUUAAAUGUUGAUAGAGCUUCGAUUGAAGAACAAAAUGAAACAAAGCAAAGCGAUUCAGCGGAAAAUUUUCAAAAGUUCAUGUACAAUUUAUUUGAAAGAAAUGGAGUAAUAAAUGAUUUAAGAGCUUAUCUUCGCGGGCACAUUGUCGACGUUUUAAAAUGUGCACGAACAGGUACUCCUCUAGAAUGCCAAAAACACUUUGCACAAAGACUUGAACUCACUUACCAAGCUAUGAAUAUGUUGAUAUCAGAAUAUUUACUGCGUCUGGAAUUUAACUACACACUAUCCGUAUUUGUCUCUGAAAUACCACUAGCCAAUAUGGUAUUUGGAUUUGCCAAGACACUUAUGGACCAUAGCAGUGAUGAUUACUCUGGCCUCCGAUUGAAAGAGAAUGAUGUCUGGUCCAUUAUAAACUAUCUGGGUAUAAAAUGUGAUUCGGAAUACGCAUCGAGAAUCGUUUAUUUGUACCGGAGUCGGGAGGACAUUCCGUUACUGAUGUGUAUCAUUCAAUGUAACGCCAAAUACCAAAUCGAAGAGGGAAUUGAAAAAGAGCAUCCUUCGAAGGAAAGCGUGGCUUCUAUAAAAGCAUCAGACACGGAAGACGGUAGCACAGACUGCAGCAGAUACGCUCCAAUGGAAGAGUCGUGCAAACAUUACGCUUACUGUAAAACGUGUCAAGAUAACAUAAAGAAAGUCAAAGGAAGGUACAAGGAAAAAAAAGAAUCUUUCGUUGAGAGUUUAAAUGAGUCGCAAAACAAUCCCAUAAAUACGGAAUUAAUGAUGAGAAACAUUGACCUAAUGGAAAAGAGUCUCUUAGAUGAGAUGUUCAAGCAACUUAAAGAAGUUUAUGAAACCGAAGUGCAGAUGUUAAGGGAGGAAGAAGAGAAGAAAAGAAAGAGACUUCUGGCCGGUCACGCUCAGCAACUGCAGGAGAAGUGUGAUGAGUUAGAAGAAACAUAUAGGUCUCGUGAAGCGAAACUGGAGACGAACAUCAGGGAGAAGAAGAAAUUCCUUUGGGGCCUCGCGCGGUCACUGCGGGACCAGCACGCGCACGUCGCGCGUGCCAUGACCCACCUCAAGCAGGAGACCGACAGGCUGCGUCUCAAGGAAGAAAAUCUGAGAGUGAAAGUAGCCGAAGCGGAAACACUUCUAAGAGAACGCGCCGAAGAGAUGCGAACACAAAUAUCGAACGAACUCGUCACACUGUCGAGACAUCUCGACACGAUGCGGACAGAACGAGAAGCCAUAAACAAGGAACGAGACGAAUUACAACAAUUGAAGAUAUCCAAAAACUCGAAUAAUAUCGAUAAAGAUCUCGGUUCGCGUUACGACAGUUUGCGAGAUGAAAUAUCGAUAUUGAAACGAUACAUCGAAUCGAAUAAACUGAAGUGUACCGCGGAGAAAAGCACUAUUACCGAUUCUGGUGAUGUCCAUGUGCUGAACAACAGUAAUGAUGUCGGGUGUGACAGGAGUGACGGUAAAGUGAAAGACAGCAAUGUUGUUAACGAUCUGAAGAGGCUGAAGAAUGUUAACUUUUGUCAGGCAAGCGUCUAUGAUGUCAAGCGGGAACCAAGUCGAGACCGAGGUGAAUCAAGUUCCAGGAGAACGAUAGAAAGUGAAUUCAGAUAUGUCGAACGAUUAUUACGUUUGCAAGAAGAGAACAAUAGACUGAGAAUGAUUUCGCAACAAGCGUGUGCCAUCUCGCAAGCGCCACUAAUGUGUCCGUCGCAGCGCUACAACCACGAGCCCGCGCCGGGUGUGAUGCGCUCGGAACCCGGAUAUACCCGAAUUUCGCCAUCGGGCGCGUCCAACGCGUCACAUGUCGCGCAUCACCAAGGGUCCGGCGAGGAGCUGUCCUGGUUCGCGACCACGAGGCCUCGGGUGCUGUUGCCCGGUGACCUCGUGCCUUUUAUCGGCGUCGUAGCGAGCAGGAUCGGGGCAGAUACGCGGGCGAAGUACCCGCAGCGCGCGUCACCCGCCCGGCGCGAUCCCCCCGCCCCGCGCGACCCCCCCGGGAGCCGAGGUACGAUAACGUCGCACGUCACGGGAGUUCGCGGUCGCAGUCGAGAUUCGGAGCUGCUUGGAAAUACGGAUGAUGUCCCGGGACUUAUUCCAGACGAACCUCGUAUCGUUCGGAUGUCGAGAGAUGACCACCCGUCCCCCGCGCCGCCCCCCACAGAGACAUCCCACUCCGCCCCCCGAGCCGCUAGAAGAAAGUUGAAAUCCAAUGAAACGAAACUCCCCCGGCGAGCAUCGCACACUGACGAGUGCCCGAGCUCUGUUCUCCGAGAAGCGAAGCUGCGCCUCCGGAAACUGGAGAUCGAAGCGGAAGCCGUCCAGAUGUCGUACUUACAGUUCCGGGGGCGAAGCUCCCAGGAGAAGAACCGCGCCGGACCGCGCCUGGGGACUGCUCUGGGCCUGGAUACUAAGAGAAGCAAGUCGUUACAACAAGUAAACAGUCAAGAUAAAUUAGAAUUUGAAAGGAAACAAAUCGAGGAGGACCUCAAGAGAGACAUCGAUAAACAUCUCAAACAGUACGCGACGAAACUUGAUGUCAUAGAUACGCGUUUUAAGAACAGAACCACUAGUUCUAUAGCGGCGGCGCCAGUGCCCGCGGGCCACAGCGCGCUCCAGGACAACGAACUCAACAACUACCUGGAAACUCCUCUCAGCGAGUUCAGGAAAUAUUAUCAAACCGACAGAAUUCUUAGAAAUGGAAAUGCGAACGCGCGCAAACAAAAUAUCGAUUUGGACGCUCAAAAUAACUCUUCAGAUAUUGGUAGUGUACCCAGCAAAGAUAACGUUGUACACUCAAGUGCAGAUAUCGAUGAAAUAAAUAGAGUUAAAGUUAUUGAAAAACAAUCUGGUGACUAUAAUAAUGAAGAAGACAACGAAUUAGCGAAAGAAACUUUAAAUAGUGAAAUAUUAAUUGACAAUGAGAAAUCUAAAACAAUGAUGCUUAGUGCCGUAACGAAAUCUGUCAGUGACGAUACAAAAGCAGAUGAGGUUUUAAAUGAAAUUAUAGAAACAAAUAGUCUUAUGAUUGAAACGGUCCAAGCUGUUCCGAUAUCGGAAGGCGAUGUAAAAACGCAAUGUAUAGAAACAGUACCGUCUGCAGAACCAAUAGAAAUUAAUAUAACGGAUAACAAUUUACUUAGAGUUGAAAUUGAAAGCGAAGAUGUCGGUAACAAAGAUUCUAAAACGGAAAUGUCGGUAUUGGUCAGUCCACAGAGCGAAGUCGACUAUAGCUUAUCGCCGCGAAUGACUAUACUGGUUAGUCCGAAACGCGGUAUUCCCGGAGAAUCGACUUAUAAACUAGCCGAUCCGGACUUGGAAGGUUCCGCGAAUGUUCUAGACUCGAUAUUUAAGGCGAACGAUGAGGCCGCGUCCAGUGUGGACUUGCAGAUAGAGCUAGAGAAAGAGGGUGAUUCGUUGAGCGAAGGAAGGACCGGCGACAAGGACUACGGAGACGAUUUCUCGGCCGACGUCGACAAUUACAAUAGCCGAUCUUCGGAUUUCGAAAUUGACUCUCCCGUCUCACUGCCCAAGACAUACGAAGAUGAACAGUUUUGGGAUUCAUGAAACUUCAAUUGCGAUUCGACAGGUAUCACUAAUAAAUUAUAAUAUAUAAAAAAAUCGAUAUUUUUUUGGACAUUAGUUAAUCUAAUUACUACUUUAUUAAAAUAGUCAAAAAAAAACAUUGGUAAUAUUUUAAAAGAAAAUUGGUAACAUAAAUAAAACAACAAACAGAA